GUGACGGUGGCGGCGCGAUGACGUCACGCGCGUUGCCACGGAAACGCACCGGAAGUACGGCUGCAAAAUAAAUGCCCGGGCAGCGGCAAACGGUGGCGACGGCGGCGGCGGCGGCAGAAGAAGGAGGUCUUCGGGGGACGUAAGAGAUAACAAACGAUGGCGAAUGUGUUGAUGGAAGAGGAGGAAGAAGAAGAGGAAGUGCUAGAGGACUGUGAACCCUGCGUCGCUGUGCGCUUGGUCUCGGCUGCCGCCUGGCAUGUGCUCCACAAGCGCCAGGUCUACAAUUACCCUCGGGUGCUGGCGCUGCUGGAAACCAUUGGGGAAGCCGCCCCGGAUUUGGUGCACUUCCGGCACCUGGCUAAGAUCCGCCUGGGCCUGCAGGCGAAGGUGAUCAUGACCAUGCUUCAGGAGGAGCAACCCCACGGGAAAAUCUACGAUGCUAUAGACACCUACUUUCCAGAGAACACCCCUCUGUCCCAUCCCAAAGCUACUGCUGAAGACUUAGAGCUUGUGCAGGCAGCUCAGGAGAAUUUCCGGGAUCUGGUGUUGGGGUUGCUAAGCGACCGCAGGCAACAGGACAAGUAUGUGCAGGAGCACCUAGAAAACGAUUAUGGGGAAGUCUUUUCACGUGUGGUGGAAGAGCUCUUCUGUGAUUACCUGUGGCAGCUAGAAAGCACCUUGCCUGAGCCCAACUUCCAGCAGCUAUUGGAAGCCGCUUGUUUCCGAGGGCCCAGCCAGCCCCCUCAGCCAGAUUCCAACAUCCUCUCCAGCUACUUCACUGCCAUGGGAUACCAGAUCAUAGAAUGUCCCCCACAUCCAUCAUCUUCCAGACAGUCAAUCCCUCUGCUCCACAGUGAUGGUAAGAAGGAACAGCCUCAAGCGCCUGAGUCCUGUAAGGCCCAACCAAGCCUGGGCAGGUCCAAAACAAGGCAGAGUUGCCCCCCACGUGCUGAAGAAGGGGAUUUCCAUGGGCAUCAUUCGGACAGCCAAGAAACAGAUGAAAGUGGGGACAUGGUGCUGGCUUCAAGUAGCGAGGAAAGUUCUCCUUUAAGAAAGGGUGAAUAUCAGUGCACCCGGCACAACGCCCUUAUUCCCACAUUCCAGGAGCACCUUAGGAGCCGGUGUGUUAAGUGCCUGGAUUCUAACCUCUCCUAAAAUCUGACCGCCUUCUCAUCUUCAUUUCUACAACACACAUAUACAGUAUAUCCAGCUCCUGCAAGUUACUUUAAAGGUUUAUUUAAUAAAUAUGGUCAACCCUUCCACUUGA